AUGUCUCCACCUUGGCUGCCACCUUCUUCUUCUUCUUCAUCCUCUCUCCUCCUCCGCCAGAUGAAACUAACUAUACUCCAGCCAAGCUCUACAGCUUCUUCGUCCAACACAACCACUCAUCACCACCACCACAAGGUGCUGACUCUCACAAUCCCAAUCAGCAACCAAUCUACAGCUGCGGCUGCCCACAAAUCCAACUACCACCGCCCAUAG